GGAAAUUGUGACAAAAAAAGCUUCGAAACUUCUUACUGUUUCCACUGUUGCAUAUUUUAUUGUCAAGGGUGCGUAACUGGACACAACAUCAUGCGAAGCAAUAAAGAUCACCAUGUUCUGGCGCUCAAAGACUUUCAAGACAAGGACUAUGAAGAUGUGUUAAAGCGGCCUGUGUUUUGUCCUAAACAGGGACAUACGGAAGAAGAACUGAAAUUCUUUUGCAAGGACUGUGAAACGGCAGUUUGCCAAACUUGUGUCACAUUAGGCCACAAAAGCCAUACAAUGAACUUAAUCCAAGAAGAAGCAGAAACACAGAAGAUUCAGAUGAAAUCAAUGGUUGAAACACAGAGGAACAAUUUAAAAGCAAAGAUGAACAUCAUUCCUCGACUUGAUAAAGACUACGCUAAGCUCAUACAACAAGGCGAAGACGUGAAGACAGAUGUUCAAAAAAUUGUUGACAAUUUGAUUGCCGUCAUUGAAGCGAAGAAACAAAGUAUUUUCUCAGCCGUGGAUAAUCAGACAACCAAAUCGCUAGAAAGUCUGACAAAGCGUAAGAACAAGAUCGAGGAACAAAUAAUGGUCAUAGAAGCGUCGCUAGAAAAGGCUGAAAAACUUUUAACACGAAGUAUAAACGCUGAAGUUGUACAACUCAAGAAAUCAUUGGAGAGCAUCUUCGAAGGAGUUGAUCAAACCGAGCCAAUUGAUGGCGACCCUAAAGGUCUUCUAGUGCGUUUAACUUUCGCGGAAAAUCAAAAGCUGGUAAACAUUGUGAACUCCGAAGAAAUUGGUUCUUUGGAAAUUAUGCACCAAACAAAAGCAAGUCAGUGCAUCGCUGAGGGCAAAGGACUCGAGCAAGGUACUGUUGGAGGUGAAGCACAAUUUGUUCUGACGACAAGAGACGCUCAAGCAAGACAGUGUUACAACAAACACGACCGUGUAACGGUAGAGAUCAGUAAUGAACAAGGACGAGAAUGCGCGACGGAAGUACGAAUAAAUGACAAUAAGGAUGGAAGCUACACGAUCAGCUAUCCUCCAAAAGAACAAGGCAGAUACAAAGUGACAGUAAAAGUAAACGGAGGACAUGUUCUCGGCAGUCCUUUCACCGUUGAAGGACAGCCAUUUCAGGUCAGACCUGUAUUAUCUUUUGGAAAAUUUGGUUCGUCUGCUGGAAUGUUUCAGAAACCCUGGGGGGUGGCAGUGAAUGCCAGGGACGAGAUAGCUGUAACUGAUUGUGAGAACCACAGAGUUCAAAUCUUCAGUAGUGAUGGAAAUUACUUAAGAUCCUUUGGUCGGCAAGGGGUUCAACCCGGGGACUUUAAGUUUCCAAGGGGAAUAGCAUUUCAUGAAAAUGGAGAUAUUUUCGUGGUUAACAGUGGAAAAAAUAGGAUAGACAUUUUCAGUGGGGAUGGUAAGUACGUAGGUUCGAUUGGUGGGUAUGGAAGUUUUGAUAGUCAGCUCUCUGAUCCUCAUGGUUUAUCUGUAGACAGUGAUGGAAAUGUUAUUGUUGCCGAUACAGGUAACAAACUUAUUAAGAUCUUUUCUUCUCAAGGCAAGUUUCUAAUGAAGAUAGGUGAGCAAGGUUCUUUUACUUUUCCUUUCCACUGUGUUCAGUGUGAUAGAUUUCUUAUAGUGUCAGACUUCGGUGAACAUUGUCUGAAAGUUUACGACAGGACUGGAAACUUUCAGUACAAAAUUGGAAAGCACGGUGGAGGGCACGGGGAGUUUAUUUAUCCACAUUGUUUGUCAGUGAACAAGUCAGGACACCUGAUGGUCUGUGAUUACCACAAUAAGAGAAUACAAGUAUUUACUCUAAAUGGAAAGUUUGUUGGCAAGUUUGGAUCAAAGGGCAGAAAUUUAGGAGAGUUCAAAUCUCCAUGGUCUUUGGCAGUUCUAAGUAAUGGCCGAAUUGUUGUGUCUGACUGUUAUAACCAUCGUAUGCAGAUAUUUGACAUUAGCCUCGGCUUAGCUGAUGAUGAAGAAAAGAAAUUCAACCACACAAGGACAAAAUAUUACUAUGUCCGUAAUCCCAAUGAAGGACUUGAUAAAGACUACGCUAAGCUCAUACAACAAGGCGAAGACGUGAAGACAGAUGUUCAAAAAAUUGUUGACAAUUUGAUUGCCGUCAUUGAAGCGAAGAAACAAAGUAUUUUCUCAGCCGUGGAUAAUCAGACAACCAAAUCGCUAGAAAGUCUGACAAAGCGUAAGAACAAGAUCGAGGAACAAAUAAUGGUCAUAGAAGCGUCGCUAGAAAAGGCUGAAAAACUUUUAACACGAAGUAUAAACGCUGAAGUUGUACAACUCAAGAAAUCAUUGGAGAGCAUCUUCGAAGGAGUUGAUCAAACCGAGCCAAUUGAUGGCGACCCUAAAGGUCUUCUAGUGCGUUUAACUUUCGCGGAAAAUCAAAAGCUGGUAAACAUUGUGAACUCCGAAGAAAUUGGUUCUUUGGAAAUUAUGCACCAAACAAAAGCAAGUCAGUGCAUCGCUGAGGGCAAAGGACUCGAGCAAGGUACUGUUGGAGGUGAAGCACAAUUUGUUCUGACGACAAGAGACGCUCAAGCAAGACAGUGUUACAACAAACACGACCGUGUAACGGUAGAGAUCAGUAAUGAACAAGGACGAGAAUGCGCGACGGAAGUACGAAUAAAUGACAAUAAGGAUGGAAGCUACACGAUCAGCUAUCCUCCAAAAGAACAAGGCAGAUACAAAGUGACAGUAAAAGUAAACGGAGGACAUGUUCUCGGCAGUCCUUUCACCGUUGAAGGACAGCCAUUUCAGGUCAGACCUGUAUUAUCUUUUGGAAAAUUUGGUUCGUCUGCUGGAAUGUUUCAGAAACCCUGGGGGGUGGCAGUGAAUGCCAGGGACGAGAUAGCUGUAACUGAUUGUGAGAACCACAGAGUUCAAAUCUUCAGUAGUGAUGGAAAUUACUUAAGAUCCUUUGGUCGGCAAGGGGUUCAACCCGGGGACUUUAAGUUUCCAAGGGGAAUAGCAUUUCAUGAAAAUGGAGAUAUUUUCGUGGUUAACAGUGGAAAAAAUAGGAUAGACAUUUUCAGUGGGGAUGGUAAGUACGUAGGUUCGAUUGGUGGGUAUGGAAGUUUUGAUAGUCAGCUCUCUGAUCCUCAUGGUUUAUCUGUAGACAGUGAUGGAAAUGUUAUUGUUGCCGAUACAGGUAACAAACUUAUUAAGAUCUUUUCUUCUCAAGGCAAGUUUCUAAUGAAGAUAGGUGAGCAAGGUUCUUUUACUUUUCCUUUCCACUGUGUUCAGUGUGAUAGAUUUCUUAUAGUGUCAGACUUCGGUGAACAUUGUCUGAAAGUUUACGACAGGACUGGAAACUUUCAGUACAAAAUUGGAAAGCACGGUGGAGGGCACGGGGAGUUUAUUUAUCCACAUUGUUUGUCAGUGAACAAGUCAGGACACCUGAUGGUCUGUGAUUACCACAAUAAGAGAAUACAAGUAUUUACUCUAAAUGGAAAGUUUGUUGGCAAGUUUGGAUCAAAGGGCAGAAAUUUAGGAGAGUUCAAAUCUCCAUGGUCUUUGGCAGUUCUAAGUAAUGGCCGAAUUGUUGUGUCUGACUGUUAUAACCAUCGUAUGCAGAUAUUUGAGUGAAACGAUGUCUGCUUCAACUUAUGAUAAGUGUCAUUAUUUUGUUGUUAAAGCAUUAGCCUCGGCUUAGCUGAUGAUGAAGAAAAGAAAUUCAACCACACAAGGACAAAAUAUUACUAUGUCCGUAAUCCCAAUGAAG